AUGUCGAUUUUCAGCAAGCUACGGAGAGCCAAGCAGGCGGCAGACAGCCAAAAAGAAAAGAACAAUGCUGCUGCUGAGACCAAACCGAAGCCAGCACCAUACAAACAUAUUCCUACACACGCAGCAAGCGAUGCUCUUCUAGGAGCGCCUGCAGGUAGAAGAGAAGAGGACAGAAAAGCCAUCCUAGCUCAGCAUCAAAGAAGAAGUCAAUACAACCUCAGUCGCAAUCCGAGCUCGCUAUCGAAUGUCACAACUCUCAAUCGCGACCAAAGUUUCACCUCCCGAGAUUUUGUUCAUGGCGGAACAAACCAACGGAAAACUGGCUCACGGGACUUUGGAUCAGCCUCCAACGUUCCACGGAUGGGCCAUCUCACAUCGCCCGGGACCCCGACCGCUUCCUCUCUGAGAAGCCAGCUCCAGCCUAGGGAACGCUCAUCUGGUAAAACGAUUAUGCGAAGAAGUCGUAUUGACGCAAUUGACCCACCGCCUCCCAUGCCAAAUAUGACCGGACAUCGACCCGUCCGUGCUUACCCCAACGCGGCGUCUCCCACGAAAGACGUCAAGUUCCAUCUGCCCUCAAGUAGAGGAAAUUCUCCGAGCCACAGCUCAGAAGAAGGUUCCGUUUUGUCAUCACGAGACUCUUCCUUCUGUGAACCGAAUGCUGCAACUGCUAUCCCAACCCGUCACCCACGCAGACCUUUGACCUGGGAAUCCUCCGGUCACAAUUUCGUUGAUCCGAGCUAUCGUCAACCACCACAUCCACAUCGGAGCUCGAAUCGCACGGUGCGGGAAGCUCCAAGACUUUCUGCAGUAUCCACAACACCUGGUCCUUAUCCUUCUUUGAAUCCCACCACACACCGCGUCGAGAACGACCUUGGUUUUAUAAACUUCGGGCUUGACUCUAAAGACAUGGGCUUCCCUGUUGCGGCCCACUAA